AUGCAGAACCAGAUACAUGAGCUCGCAAAGACGCUUCCGCCUCCCAGAAAGCAAAAUACAGCUUGCGAUGCUUGCAGGUGUGCUGUCCCGCAUGACGAAAGUAAAGUGCAAUCGCUUGCCAGGACAAGACAAGGUUCACAUUAUUCCCAACAAGCCACCAGCGAGAAGAAGCGCUCGACUGGCGGGCAGCGGCGUCCAAGGGCCAUCAGUACAUCACACUCGAGUGGCUCACCGUCCAACCUACCGACGCCCUCCCCCUUCCAAGCCUUCAAUGCCGUCGUGAACACACACACGCCGACACGUCAGCUGCUCGCCUACUUAUUUUCGCCACCGCUCGAAAAUGCCACGGUCCCUUCCUACGUCGACUGGGGAGAGCUGGCGCCCAAUCUAGAGGAUGAAUCGUUCCGACUCGAGUUCGCCCUCGACUUGGUGGAAGUAUUCUUCCAGAUAGUCCACACCCGGAUCCCCUUGCUCAAUCCCACUCAAUUCCGCACUCGAUUCAAACAGUCGCUCACAGUGCAGCAUUCUUCGCCUAUUUAUCAGGAUAAACCUCUCCACCCCGCGCUCGUCGCCACUGUCAUCGCCUGGGGCGCGAAAUUCUCUGAACACCCCUUGCUCGUGGCUGAUCGGCGGCGGAAUGCCAAUGGCCAGAGCCAUCUGGCGCAAGCUCUGAUCAACAGAGCUAGGGAGCUGGCGGAGUCGAUGAAGGUAUAUAGGAUGGCUAGCGCAGACAAUGUGGUCAUAUCCUUGUUGAUUGAGCCAUUGCAAGCGCAGAGUCCGGAUGAUCCCAACGGUUUCCACCGGUUCUGGCUCAUAUCUGCUAUAAGGCUGCUAUUGGAUCUUCAAAUCAAUCACAAAUCCGUGAUGUCCAAUAUAGAGGACCCGGAAGCGCGUGGCACUAUGAUAUUUGCUUGGUGGAUGGCAUUGCUAUCAGACGCCUUCGGAUCCGCUUAUUACCGUAGGAAACCUAUGCUUGACGAUGACGACUACGAUAUUGAUUUCUACACAGCGGAGCCUGUACCUGCUGGACCCUCUGAUACUAUGACCCCGUCUCCUCGAGAGCAGUACGAAUUUCUUGGAUAUUACCGUGCCUCCCAUGCCCUGGCCCGCAUCUCCCGUCAGAUGUCACGGCAGCUGUGGCGGCCGGCAACUGAAUCGGACGGUAUUCCCUUUGAGGUCCUUUGCAACUUCGUCCAGCUGCUCAGCGAGUGGCGAGACCAGUAUCUCACCAAAGUCGGUGUCCCUAGCAAUUUCCAGGCUACGUGGGACUUUGUGUCAGCCGUGUCAGCAUGUGGUAGCGAUGCAACCUAUCAUGUUAUGUGGAUUAUCCUAUUCAACGCCUUGGACGACUUCGGGAUCAAAGAAGUCAACGAUAAUGCGCGGUUAGGCAAUCCCGCUCCGAACCACGCCCAAAUCGAGCGCGUGAAGGCAAAGGUCAUGGAGGAAGCCCUUCAUGGAUCUCUGCGAAUAUCGGGCCUGGCGGGGGUUCUGACAUCCAAUGGAUACCUGAGGUUGGAUCCAGCAGUUAUGCAUGUCAGCUGCAUUCAGGCCGGGACGCUUUUGGCUCGUCUGGGACGCCCGGAGGUUCAGAAUUGUAUAGCUGGCUUGGAGCAGUACAGCGCUGCGUACGCGGAAGCGGCAGACCAUGCUGCGGAGAUGAAGCGUCAUUACGCUGCUGCUCGAGCUGGCGAGUCAGACUUUGGGCACAUGUCCACCGUUGUACCGCGGCUCGUCGGGAUGGAGGCGGGCCAGGCCAUGAAUGUAGACCAAGCGCAGUUCUCUAAUAAUGGCGCGAACAAUCCGAUGCAAUAUCUAUGACAUGGCCGUGUUCCAUUCAUCCACCUCUCCCUCCGUGCGAGGAACUUCGCUGUCUCUUGUUAUUUGUUAUGUUGUAGAACCAUCUGUAGUGGAGUCGCAUCGUUAAGGUCUAUCUAAUGUUCCAGAGACAUUGGUUAUCCGGG